AUAGGCAUACUGUCACUGUGCCGCUCAGCACUCUGCUGCCAUCAUGGGAGUUUUCACAUCAAGCCAAGAUAAGUUUCCAGACUUGCAAUUACCGGCAAAAUCGUUCUAGUGCAUAGAGUACGUCUCUACCGGUGCUGUUAGGGUUUCGUCUUAGCCGAUUUGUAAUCAAUAUGUUAUUCUUGCUGAAACGCCGGUAAGAGUUCUCUAAACAGCAUCUACCUCCCCAUCAGCACCACACAAAGGGAGCCGCGGAGUUGAGUCUUUUAACGAGCUGUUGUUGUUUUUGUGAAUGUCAUAAAAUCAUUUGGGCUAUUUUCCUUUUCGAAAUGGAUCACUUUGCAGCAGAGUGCCUUGUGUCAAUGUCCAGCCGUGCAAUUGUUCAUGGUCCUAAAGGGAAUAGAGAGAUCAAACCAGAAACUGUGGUCUCUCCCAGGAACGGAGAAGAGACCAGGGAGCCUCUGGUGAAAGACAACUCUUCUCUUUUUGUCGUGGCCAGAAUUCUAGCGGAUUUCAAUCAACAAACCCCCGCCAAUUUUGCCGAACAGGCUAAAAUAAGAGAGGAUAGCUUGGCACCAGAGCUGGUCGGCGAGGAUGGAAACUCUGCCACACCUACUAGCAACCCCGUCGACACACGAAAGGCCAAACGACUGAGGGCUCGCGCAGAGCAAGGAUACAUCCUGAAAAAGCACAAAUGCCACUAUUCAGGUUGUGAAAAAGUUUAUGGCAAAUCGUCCCAUCUCAAAGCCCACCUAAGGACGCAUACAGGUGAGCGCCCGUUCCCCUGCACCUGGCCCGACUGCACCAAGAAGUUUGCCCGGUCGGACGAGCUGGCACGCCACUACCGCACACAUACGGGCGAGAAGAAGUUUGGCUGCCCGCUGUGCGACAAGCGCUUCAUGCGCAGCGACCACCUGAUGAAGCACGCCCGCCGCCACUCCGACUUCCAGCCCGCCAUGCUCAAGCGCCACCACGGAGCCGGGGGCAGCAGCGCCGCAGGAGGAGGCCUGGGAGUGGGCAACGGCAUGGGCGGCGGGGGUGCCAGCGCGCGUCCCGGGUCCCUCAGCGACUACAGCCGCUCCGACGCCUCCAGCCCCACCCUCAGCCCCACCCUCAGCCCUGCCAACUCGCCUUAAGACGAAAGGAAUAAGAAGAAGAAGAAGAAGAAGAAGAAGAAAGAAGA